UCUCCUCCUGCAGGCGACGCGGCACAAUGCAUCGCGGUGGGAGGCAAGCUGGGCUCCCCUGCGCCGGGAAGCGGCUACCCCUCCCUCUGGAUCACACAGGGUUUUUGCAGUAGGUGACAGCAGGAUCGGGCACGAAGGAAGCAAUUGAUUCGUCUAUUGCCUGCAUCCCAGAGUUGCCUGUCCAGAGAGCUAGAGAGAAAAGAGAAGAGGGGAGAGAAAGAGAGACUUACAAAACCUUGGAUCCAUGUGGAGUAGUCUGAGUGAUUCACUGCCCAGUGCUGCAGACUCCAGAUGUACUUAGUUUUUGCCUCUGACAGGGGCAUAUCUGCUGGUCUUUCACGCCAAAUCGCUGGGACUUAAAACCUCCCCCCGGCAGGGAGUUGGCAAGAAUUUGGUUCACGCAUUCUGCUGCAACCCUUUACUGUCCUGGUGUGCCAGCCUUCCGCCAUGACUGACACUGUGGUGAACCGAUGGAUGUACCCUGGUGAUGGCCCUCUGCAGUCAAAUGACAAGGAACAGCUGCAGGCAGGAUGGUCUGUCCAUCCUGGAGCACAGACCGACAGGCAGAGGAAGCAGGAAGAACUGACAGAUGAGGAAAAGGAGAUCAUCAACCGGGUGAUCGCUCGGGCAGAGAAGAUGGAAGCCAUGGAACAGGAGCGCAUUGGGCGCCUGGUGGACCGUCUGGAGACCAUGAGGAAGAAUGUGGCUGGAGAUGGUGUGAACCGCUGCAUUCUGUGCGGGGAGCAGCUGGGCAUGCUGGGCUCGGCCUGUGUCGUGUGUGAAGACUGUAAGAAGAAUGUCUGCACCAAGUGUGGGGUGGAGACCUCCAACAACCGUCCACAUCCGGUAUGGCUCUGUAAGAUCUGCCUUGAGCAGAGAGAGGUCUGGAAGCGCUCAGGAGCAUGGUUCUUCAAGGGUUUCCCCAAACAGGUCCUUCCACAGCCCAUGCCUAUAAAGAAGACCAAGCCCCAGCAGCCUGCUGGUGAGCCAGCCACCCAGGAGCAGCCUAUACCUGAGUCCAGGCAUCCAGCCAGGGCUCCAGCUCGAGGUGACAUGGAGGACAGGCGGGCCCCAGGACAGAAGCCAGGGCCUGAUCUCACCUCUGCUCCUGGGCGAGGAAGCCAUGGGCCUCCCACGCGCAGGGCCUCUGAGGCACGGAUGAGUACAGCCGCCCGGGAUCCUGAGGGCUGGGACCAUGGCCAUGGUGGGGGUGCUGGAGACACCAGCAGGGGCCCAGCAGGUUUGAGGCGUGCUAACUCAGUCCAGGCCUCCCGCCCUGCCCCAGCCUCAAUGCCAAGCCCGGCACCUCCUCAGCUGGUGCAGCCAGGGCCCCCUGGGGGCAGCAGGGCUGCUCCUGGGCCAGGACGAUUUCCAGAGCAGAGCACAGAGGCUCCUCCAAGUGAGCCUGGCUAUCCAGGAGCUGUCGCCCCAGCCCAGGAGGAGAGGACUGGACCUGCCGGGGGCUUCCAGGCAGCAUCCCACACUGCAGCCCCCUAUUCCCAGGCGGCCCCUGCCCGCCAGCCACCACCUGCGGAGGAGGAGGAGGAAGAAGCCAAUAGCUAUGACUCCGAUGAAGCAACCACCCUGGGUGCCCUGGAAUUCAGCCUUCUGUAUGACCAAGACAACAGUAAUCUGCAGUGUACCAUCAUCAGGGCAAAGGGACUGAAGCCCAUGGACUCCAACGGCUUGGCGGAUCCCUAUGUGAAGCUACAUCUGCUGCCUGGAGCCAGCAAGUCCAACAAGCUUCGUACAAAGACCCUGCGCAACACUAGGAACCCUGUGUGGAACGAGACAUUGCAGUAUCAUGGCAUUACUGAGGAGGACAUGCAGAGGAAGACACUCAGGAUCUCCGUGUGUGACGAGGACAAGUUUGGCCACAAUGAGUUCAUUGGUGAGACCAGGUUCUCGCUCAAGAAGUUGAAGGCUAACCAGAGGAAAAACUUCAACAUCUGCCUGGAACGGGUGAUCCCGAUGAAGCGCGCAGGGACCACUGGGUCAGCCCGUGGCAUGGCUCUCUAUGAGGAGGAGCAGGUGGAGCGGAUCGGCGACAUAGAGGAACGCGGCAAGAUUCUGGUGUCCCUCAUGUACAGCACACAGCAGGGUGGCCUCAUUGUAGGCAUUAUCCGCUGUGUACAUCUGGCCGCCAUGGACGCCAAUGGCUACUCAGACCCCUUCGUCAAGCUCUGGCUGAAACCAGACAUGGGGAAGAAAGCCAAGCACAAGACUCAGAUUAAAAAGAAGACCCUAAAUCCUGAGUUUAAUGAGGAGUUCUUUUAUGAUAUCAAACACAGCGACCUGGCCAAAAAGUCUCUGGAUAUCUCGGUGUGGGACUACGACAUUGGCAAGUCUAAUGAUUACAUCGGAGGCUGCCAGCUGGGGAUCUCAGCCAAAGGCGAGCGCUUGAAACAUUGGUAUGAGUGUCUGAAGAACAAAGACAAGAAGAUUGAACGCUGGCACCAACUGCAGAAUGAGAACCAUGUGUCCAGUGAUUAGGACCUGGUGCCCUGGUGUCCCUGACUCUGCCCCAGCUGCUCCUCCCCUCACAGAGCCUCCCUUGCCAACCUUGAACCUUUGAUGUCUCCCCCACUUCAGGUCCUGCUACAAAAGAACUCUCUGGGCUUCAGGGUCUGGAUGGGAGCCCUCUCUGAUCCCCAGAGAUUGGGUGGUAGGUGGGUGUGGGGAGACAUUUUCAAAGAGAUUUACUCUGACCUUGAACAUCUUCCUGUCCUCUUGGCCACUGGUGAACCCACAGGUUGUAAGGACCAGGAGGAGGGCAGAAAUUAUACACUGAGGCUGCCUGUGCCCCUCCAAAGCACUCCAAAAACAAAAAACAAACAAACAAAAAACCACGCCCUCUAGACACACCAGGAACUAGAUACAGAGAAUACACAGAGGGCCUGUACCUCCUCUGCUUCCUAGUCAAACUAACCUCUCUCUCUGCACCUCCCUCCUCCUUACUCAUCUCCUGUCAGUCCUCCUCACCCACCCUCCCACCUCCCCCUCUGCUCCUGCCUCCACAGUGGAGGAUGCAAGGCAGAGCCUCACCCUGUGCCCCUUGCCAGCCUGGCCAGCAACCUCACAAGCUGGAUGAAGCUAGGCCUCGCACCUCUGACAUCACCAGAUUUCCCUUUGGCAUGGCUGGCUAUCUUUGAGCCUGGGGCCUGGAGCCAGCACAGCCUGAGUGCAUGGCAGUACUAUAGACAUCCUGAGGUCCAGGAUCUCUCUUUCUCAUCCCUGGUCCCCAAAUGGACACAAGUGGCACAAAGCUCUGUGUAGGAGGGGACCUGCUACCAGGCCCCACGCUUCUAUCCUUCCUCUACUCUUUGCAAAGAGCAAAGGACCCUCUCCCCAAACUCCCACUCAGAGCCACCUCUGUUCUGUCUCUCUCUCUCUUCCACUCUUUUCCCCAUGAUUUCUAGUGGCGAUCAAAUAACAGUACUUAGAGCUUUAAUCAGGUCAGAACUCUCUUGGUCCAUGACAAAUCAGGAGGCCAUCUUCCUCGAAUGAGAGGCAAGUCUGGAUUCGCCCAUCUUGAUAGUCUUUCCCCGUCAACAUCCCAAAUCCCACCACUCUCUAUAAAGUCAGACAAACCAAGACUAAAACCUCCCACUCUCAAGUCUCGGUCUUGCUUGUUCCUUCCACCAUCUCUUGGGAUGCUCCCCGCUCUCAGUAACUCAUGCUGUUCCUGAGGGACUCUUGUGUUUCCCUGAAAUGACUCUCUUCUAGAAUCAGGCUCUGCCUGCCCUGAAGUGGCUGACCUUUCCACUUCCAUCUUUCCCUUUGCCCAUGGCUUCCCUGUCUAGUCCCCAUAGGUCUGACGCUCUGCCCACUUCCCUGUCAUGGUCACCUUUAGGAGAAAGCAUGCUGGCUGAGUCACCCAAGCCUGAUGCUGGUUUUGGCUCUGGACUCGGAAUGCAGCCUGCUCGCAGCACCCUGAUGCCCUCCCCCACACAUACAUGCACCCACCCCUCCACAUAGAACACAAGUCCCCAGGUGCAUGCAGGAUGCCCACUGCCUUUCUUUGCACUGAUGUAGCAAAAAAUAAAGUAGGAAUAUCCAAGAAAA